AUGACGGACGUUGAUGCUGAGUCGAUACACGUUUACAGGCGAUUGGUCGAUGAUCUCCUGGCUAAGGCAGACCAAGUCAAGCCCGACAAGCAGAUUGAACCCCCAUUGACAGAGACUCACCUCGGCGAAUCCAUCUGGCUAGUUCAGGGAAAGGAUGAGCAAGUCACAAAACGAUUCAGUCAGCAGACGCAGUUUGCUGCUGUUGAGAUCGCAUUCAGAGAGAAAUUCUACAGUCUUCUCGCUACGACGUCAAUCGAUGAGCUCGCAUUUAUCCAAAUAUGGAACCUACUAGAUAUUAUUUCUAUAUUUUCGGAUAACGGGCAAUGCGAACCCGGUCUAAUAUUCUGGCUUAUUGAAGAGCUCCUUGAUAGUCAAACGAUUGACGGUUGCCGUAAAGUUUUCGACUACCUGGAGUCACGGAGGGAACGCAACACAAAAAAACACUUCAAACAGAAAAGCCUGGUUAUCCUUAGGUCCUGUAAUGAACUACUUCGAAGGCUGUCUCGUGCGGAAGACACUGUCUUUUGUGGACGUGUUUUUAUCUUUUUGUUCCAAAGUUUCCCUCUGGGUGAUAAGAGCGCCGUUAACCUGCGGGGUGAAUACCAUACCGAUAACGUCACCACAUUCGACGAGAAUAUUGAAGCAGAUAGCAAGGAGAACAGGGAUAGGGAUGUGGAAAUGUCCAAUGGGCAAGAUGCGCCUGAGAUGGUAGAAGAUAUCAAAGAACACGAUACCCAUGCUUCUAACGCUGACUCCCAGACACAUACUCGGAAGUCGUCUAAAACGCCGAAGUUGCUUGUUUCCAAGUGUGAUGAUGAGCAUAAGGAGACGAAGGUCGAUCUGCAUGCGCUCUACCCGAUGUUUUGGGGGUUACAGGCUUACUUCUCAGCCCCAACCAAAGCAUUCGACCCCCAGCACUUCAGCAUUUUUAAAUCUGGACUCGAAGCUACGUUGUCGGCCUUUCGAAGUGUUAAUACGGAAAUUGAGAAUUCAGGUACUAGUAGAAUGUCGGAGGAAACCCGAAAACCGACCAGGCGGAAACGAACUGCAGAUGGACAGGAGAUUGCGAGCAGCUUUAAUCCUAAGUAUUUGACGAGUAGAGAUUUGUUUGGUCUCGAAGUCAAUGAUACCGCCUUUAGGAGACAUGUCCUCGUCCAAGCCCUUAUUCUCCUCGAUUUUAUGCUUUCACUUACGCCAACGGCCAAAGCAAAGCUAAUUGAUUUGACUAACAAGUCGGUGCUUUAUGGCUUCGUCUUAAGCGAGGAAGAUACUACAUGGGCCAUGAAGAUGAGGAAAGCAAUCGAAGAAUAUCUCCAAGAAGGAAUCGGAGGUAAAUUUUACUAUCGCAUGGUGGACACCGUUUUAUCGAGGGACAAAAACUGGGUGCGCUGGAAAGCGGAGGGCUGUCCGUUGAUUGAAAAGUUAGCGGUCUCAGUGACUGAAUAUCUCGGUGCUCGUGAGCAUGCGACAAAGGUUUAUGCUAAUAAACGCCUCCGCCCUUCACCUAUGGGAUCCCUCGACUUGAAAUUCCUUUCUGAGGGUGUGUCGACUACAGGUGUCGGGAAACUUAAAGAGCCUGAAAGAUUUACCAUUCCUACACCGGAUUCAUUUAUGAUGGGUAUUAUGGACGAUGAAUUGGAAAUCGACACCGCGCAGUCCAAGGAUGAUAAAGAGCACGCGAUCCGGGCUAAAGCUAGUAAAACUUGGCGGAUAUUACGACUUGCCGCAAGGAGUAAACUGGCAGUCUUCGACAAGAUUGAGGAUGGCAAGAAUUUGAAGGUCUUGUUCGAAAACUGUCAACCUAACGAAGGGACACCUCAGGCCCUUGAAUCAGAUGUAACAGCAAAAGCAAAGGCUUCGACGGAGAGCCAGGACAAUGAGCUGAUACAAGAUGCUGGUGUUAGCACCGCUGCUGAGAAGGAGAGUUCAUCCGUUGCCGCCGAACAAUCCACAUCGGACUUGAAAGAUGCCAUUACUGCGGAAGGCCAGGAUACGUGA